CCGCCAGAGAAUUUACUGAGACGUUAUUGUGGAUUUUCAAGUGUUUGGAUUUAUCUGAGAGUUUUAUCGCUGUGUGGGUUUACUUUACAUGCCAAAGCUGGGGGAACAGACGGGAGCACAGCCGACUUUUCCGCGAAGCUUUACAGUUUUCGCCACGGUAAUUGGUUAUCGGAUGGACCAGCAUCCCAGUGCCCGAAGCUGCACCAGUCGCGGGGCUUCGUCCUGCGAGGCCGUCCCGACUGAACCCUCCAUGAAUCUGUACAUCCACUCCACCACCGGCACACGCUUCGAGCUCUCCCUGCCACUAGAGGAGACCGUGGAGGGACUGAAGAGGAGACUGUCGCAAAGACUCAAAGUACCAAAAGAGAGACUCGCUCUGCUACACAAAGAAACGCGACUAAGUUCAGGCAAACUCCAGGAUCUAGGCAUCUCGGAUGGGAGCAAGUUAACACUUGUGCCAACAGUUGAAGCAGGAUUAAUGUCUCAAGCAUCAAGACCAGAACAGUCAGUAAUGCAAGCUUUGGAGAGUCUAACAGAAACUCAGGUCAGUGACUUCCUGUCUGGCCGCUCCCCCCUCACCUUGGCGCUGCGUGUAGGUGAUCACAUGAUGUUCGUCCAGCUCCAGCUGGCGGCGCAGCAGUCUGGCGGUCCCCAGCUCCAGCACAGGCACCUCAUCACCCGGGGAAACGCAGAGGGACAGCCCCGGGUGCCCCACACUCACCCGCACUCCCAUCAACACCCCCACCAUCCACAUAAUCACCCCAGUCCCCACUUGUCCCAUCCUCACCCUGUCCCUUCCUCCCCCUCUUCCCCAGGCUCCCCUUCUUUUCCCCUGCCCUCCACACACCACCAGCCCCUUCCUCCCAUGUACCACCAGUCGCCCUCCUCUGCUCACUGUAGCCCCCCUACUCCUCCACCCCACUCGCCUCGCCCAUCCCACAUCCCUGGGGCUCUUUUCCGCUCGCCCGCUCAUCAUCAUCACCACCACCACCACUACCACCAGCCUUCCUCAGGCCAACCCAGCCACGACAUCGGCCAGGUCAGCCCUGUAGCCCCAGUCCUCUGCCCUGAGGCUAACUGCAGCACCAACACCCCCAACAGUGGCACCAGUUCCUCGCCACGUUCCCGUAAACCCGGCGCCAUCAUUGAAAGCUUUGUCAACCAUGCUCCCGGAGUCUUCUCAGGCACCUUUUCAGGCACUUUGCACCCUAACUGCCAGGAUAGCAAUGGGCGUCCCAGACGGGAUAUUGGUACCAUCUUGCAAAUUCUCAAUGACCUCCUGAGUGCCACACGCCACUACCAGGGCAUGCCCCCCUCCCUCACCCAGCUUCGCUACCAGACUCAGUGCGGUUCGCCCACUUCUCCAUCCCCCUCGCCACCUCCCUCACCUCCAGUUGCUGGCAUGACGGGCCUCUCUGCCAAAGCUACCUCCGUGCCCACCAGCAGCCCGAGCAGCCCUCCUCCAGCUCUCCAUCCACUCGUGCAGUGCGAGAGCCAGAUCCGCAUGUGCAAACCCCCUGGUGAUCGCAUGCGUCAGACCGAGAACCGUGCAACCCGGUGUAAGGUGGAACGUCUGCAGCUCUUGAUGCAGCAGAAGCGUCUGCGCAGGAAGGCCAGGCGGGACCAACGGGCUCCUUAUCAGUGGCUGCCUAACCGCAAGGCCGGACGCAGCAAUAGCAACAGCAGCAUGUCCAGCGAGGGCUCCCUGGACCUGGACUUUGACGAUUCAGUGUGGAAGCCUGAUGUAAAGGCUGACUUGAAGUCUGAGUUUGUCAUGGCCUGAAUUAUCUGGUCCCACAUAUGCAUUCAAAGCAUUGCUUGGGAUUUCUUUAGAGAUAAUUUUGAGGGAGUGGGUUUGCAGGAGGUGACAUGUAACUGCAGAGAGGAAAUCGAAGUUGUCCUUGUGACAGUCAUGUGUCACAUGAAAACAGGCUCCCUGCAGACUUUAAUCCCAUUCUGCCCUUCAUGGCUGACCUUGUGAAAAAACAGCAACUUUAGCAAAAGAACUUUCAUGUGAUGCUUGGAUUUGGACAGGCAACUACUGGACUUAAAAGUGUGCAAGACUUUUUAAGGGUAUGAGUACAGAGACCAUACCUGUACUUGAGUAUAGCAGAAUUCAGUGGGUGGUGGUGGUGGUAUUUUUGGUUUUUUUUUUUUUUUUUUUUUUAAGUGCACUCUGGGCAGAAAUGAAGAGAUCCACACUGGACAUAACAGGACGGGAGCACCAGAGGCUUCAGUGUAUCCUAAUCAGAAGAAAGGCAGAGCUGCCGGACUAUGGAUUAUUUCAGUGGGCAUUCUAAUUGAUCUCAAAACUCAUCAACAAGAGUCCAGUUUUUACCUGUUAUGGGGUGGUUAAACUUUUUCUUUUUUCCACUUUUAAACAUAUUAUAUUUUAUAAACAAAAAAUAUGUAGCAUUGUUCACAAAGCAUUCAGGUUUUCAUAUAACAGUUCAAAGUAGUUGUUGAUUUGCACAUAUUCUUGAUUUAUAACAGCUGGUCAAAAUGUGCAAGGAGGAGGAGAUGGGGCCUGAAACAGAAUAAAUAAUUAAUAUGGAAGUACUGAUAUCAACCUCAGUGACAUAGGGUAUUGAUAGGAAUGAUUAAUAAAUAAACAAAAUAAAUGAAUAUUAACAGAAAGUGCUUUAGAGGAUUUUAAAAUCUUUAAAAUGUAUAUGGAAAAAAAAAAUCUAUUUUUAUUUCUCUUCCUAUCUGCUGUUUUCAAAAAACAGCAGCCCUCUGUGGCUUUAGUCAAAUCAUUGACUACCAACAAAUAUGUGCAUCCGUUCAAUCAUUCAUUAGCUCAUUCAUAAAAAUCUUCUUUUUUUUUUUUUUGUCUAGCCACAACAAAAGUUACAGAAAGAUCAUUUUCAUGCAGCCAACAUCGUGUGAUACAAACCUGAAAGGACUGAGGGAUUUAGAGUUUGUGUACAUAAAUGUGACAACUGGCAGAUGCUUGUAAGGGUGUGUGUGUAGGUUUGUUGUAAAUUGAUUUAGAAUAUCUUAUGUUUUUGUCCGGUUGUCUUCUCCCAAACAACCCCAUACUUUCUCAAAUUCAUGAAGAUCAGCUGCAGUGAGCGCAUGAGUCACUACUUUGCAACAUAACCGUAUAAAACAGCAAAUUGGUUCCCAGUUUUAUGUCCAGUUGAUGUGUACCUUUUAUCACAAGUUCUCAUAAUGAUGACUUUUUUUUUUCCUGGCCAAGAGGGAAAAGAAAUGGGAUCUUUAUCCAGCAUCAUUAUCUAGUGCCUCCACCAGUGCAUCCAUUGACAUAUCAGGUUAGGCCUUUCACAGUUUUGCUGCUACACACGGGGACUUAAAAUGAAAAAAAAAAAAAGCAGGGAGGGAAAAGGGACUUUUCUUUGCAUGCAGAAGUGUGUAAUUACACUGAUCUUUUUUCUAUUGAUGGAAUUAAAAAAAAAAAAAUUUGGUGCUGUGGAAAUGAAGGUUAACAACAUGCAUGAAUUUGUGAAGAAAAUAAACAAUGCUGCUUUUGUUGGCUAGGUUCUUUUGUAACUUUUCAUUUUUCAAUGUUAGAACAACCGUGUCCUGCUAAAGUAUUACGACACAAAACCAAAACAGAUGAAGUUAAGUGUGGGCUCGCUUUGUUGCUCGGCACUGAACAUUCCUGUUGUGCGCAGUGAAGAUGAUGACGUGAUGAUGAGCAAAGAGCAACUGACUCUCUCUCGACUCCCUAAGCGCUGGUUCUUAUCCCCCGUGACUCUCAAGGACCCAAACAGCUUGCAAACUGUUAAACCACUUCCCCUCCUCCCAGCCUGAACACCAGUAGAGGCUUGUGUGGACGCAUUCUCACAGGGAACCAACAGACCGGUGGAUUAACAGUACUGUCUUAUCAAACCUACCCAAGAGAAGCAUUUGGUCUGUCUCUUUUAUCUGUCUGUCUGAUUGACCACCCAACCAUGAUUGCACUCCCAGAGAUUGCAGUGAGAGAUUACCUUUUUGGUGAACCUCAUCUUUUUUUUAAGUGGCCUUACCUUUCACUAAAAAAAAUGAGACACUUGGGGACAAAUGGGGGUGGGAGUGUUUUCUUUGUUUUUUAAACUUUCUGUGCAUAUCGAUGUUGGACUUGUUGUCAUAAAGGCACCAUUUUUGUCAUAAAGGACACUGGGCAUCUGUCGUUUAGUGCUUUUAGCUGGUGGAGUCUCUAUUAUGUCAAGGCUUCUGUGCCUUAAAAUGUUGCCCCUGCAGUGUCAGUGUCAGAUUUGAGCUUGUUCUAUUUUUUUUUUUUUCUUCUUUUUUUUUGGUUGGUUGAUACACAUGACUGUAGUAUUUUGGAGCAAUGAGAGUUGUAGAUUUUAGGGGUAAAGCUUGUUUGGGUGAACAAAUACCUUUGAAAAGUAGGUCUUGUUCCUCAAAUAUGGUCUUUGUCCCAUUUCAUUGUGUUGCCAUGCUUGUUGGUCUCUGUUAUUAACUUCACAUCCCUCUUAACUCAGUACCACCCUCCCACCCCACCCCCACCCCAAUAAGCUGCAAAAAGCUAUAAAUCUAUGUAACUUUGUAUCUGAGUAAGUUUACACCACAGAACAUAGAUGACAAGAAACAGCCCCGAUUUGGAAUAAGAAAGGUCCUAUGAGGACUCCAGACUACAUGCACUUCCUGUUUCCUUGGACCCAUCAUUUUUUUAAAGGACAGUUGAACCCCUGCCCCUCCCAAAUGUUCUUUUUCUUUUCUUUUUUUUGUAUAUGUAUGAACUAUACUCUGUGUGUGCCUCACUUCUGUGUGAAACUCAAAAAGAUGAAACAAAACAAAAAAAAAUAUGACAAAAGCAUUACAGAGAGGAUUAAAAACAGUAUGUCGGUGGAAUUCUGAUCAUGUCAUUUAAGUUGCCUGUUCUUUCUUGUAGCCAACUAUUGAAAAUAACAGGAUUCAAGAAUACAAUUUACAAUGUUCUAGCUCUAGACCGGUGUAGCACAUGUGUGACUGUAUUAAUUUAUAAAACCAAAAUGGUAACUGUGAAUUAUGUAUUUCUUUGUGCAUUUUCAAAAAACAAAAAAAA